CAAAUGUAUCUUUUGUUGAUACUCUGGAUUAGUUAUCACGGACGAAAUGCCAUGAGUCUUUAGCUAUGUAUGUGGAGAAGACUCUCGUCCAUCUAAAACAGAACGACCUGGAAGAGAUAAAGACAGUGUAAGUAAGUGAGCCAAAUCGUCUGCAUACCAGCAAACAUUUCCUGAUUCACCAAACAAGGCGGUGAAACUAACGGAAUUCCGUGGAGUCUCGCAAUCACCGCUUUUAGACCGAUCUCAGACGACGUCUGGACCGAUCUCUGAGCUGAAGGUCUUAUUUGGAAAUCGAAUCGCAUUUGGGCAGCCAUGUUUCGAUUCCUGUUCAGUAAAAGAGGAAAAGGGAACAUCUCUCCACCAAUAGAAACACACCGAACCACGGAAAACUUUGAUAUGCCAUCUACUAGAACGUUCAAGGUCUUACGACCUGUUUUUCUCGUGUCUGUCUUCACGGGGUACUCGCAUAAAAACUAUCGUGUUCAAGGAGUUCUUGGUGGCUUUCUGUGGCUCGCUAUGCUCCUUGCUCAUGCAACAUUGGACUUUCUUGCUGCCCGUCAAGUCUAUACGUACGGAUGGGCUUCGGUGUCUUUGAGUCUCUUUCUAGUGUGUUUUAUAUGCACAAUUUUUAACAACAAAAAAAUGUUACCUUGGCUUGAAAAGGGAUUGUCACUGCUAGAGGAAGAUAAGAGAUAUCCCAAAACAAUGGAAAAAUGCCAGAAAGUUUUUAAGUGGAUACCGCUGUUUACCCUGGCAUUUGGAUUGUUCUGUGGAGCUGGUAUCUUCGCCUGCCUUCAUUUUGACGAGACGUUGGACGUCAAAAUAAACCUCGACGGAGCGAGAUCUGAGUUCCCGGACUACGCGCUCGUCACUCUGAAAGUGAUUCGAUUCUUGGCAGCUUGUUACGUCAUGUUUGCUUUAGCGCUGUUUUGGACCGUCACAGUAUGUGUCAUGCACAUAACUGGUUACUCUAUGACGGAGUUUCACGAGGAGAUAACCAAGCACCUGGUCGACAGGGACUCACCAAUCACGUUCAGACAAGGAGUAGUAUCGUUCUCAGAGAGGGGAAGAUUUGUGAGAAAAUCUGCGUCUGCGUGCAGGGUUACGCUGGCUGUUCUUUUGGUGUACAGCAUCGCAUCCCUUGCAGUGAAUGCAUUUCUGUUUUUGUACAAGCAGCGACACAUUGUGUUCGCUUUCUAUGCGUUGCUUCCCAGUGUCGUCGCUGUCUACCCUCUGUGCAUGGCUGCUUGGGUAACAAAACAAUACUCAUGGUAUCUCGCGGUGGUGGUGAAAGCCUGGGCCGAGAGACCCGAAAGCAGUUCCGAAGAGGAAGAAAACGAGCGUGACGCUCCGAGACAAAAAGAAAAGCUGGGUCAAAAGCGAGGGCGAAGUCUGUGGAGAAGAGUACACAGCGCAAAGAAAAGCGCUCGCAAAGAGAACCUCCUCCCACUCAAGAAGGCGAAUUCUAACCCUCUGGCUAGUGAAGUCAAGUCUGGAGUGGAAGAGAUAUCAACUAAGCAGAGCUACGUCGGAGAAUCUCUCCUUCGUCCGCAGGUCACUGUAAGUGAUCCGGAACUCUCCGAGGACGAUCGGCCACAAAAUAACAGCCAUUCGGACGACGACCAGCUUAAACCGAAGGAACCCGACGGCAGUGAAACUCCGAAGAGAUCCCGACGCGAGGUUUUGGAUAUGGUUCUUCGAGGAGCCGCAAGAGCUGUCGGAAAACUUAAACACAACGCCAAGAAACCUAAGUUUAAUUUCGAGAAAUACAUCUCUUAUCUUCAGAACGUUCUACCCAAUAUUGGUUUUGACAUUAUGGGAAUCAUUGUCACCUGGAAUAUGGUGUCCGCCAUCAUAUUUCUCGAGGUGUCCGUUCUUGCGCUUUUUGUUCAAGAAUCGAUUUUCGGCAAUUCCAAAGCGACAGUUGCAUUGUAGAGAUACUGAUGCUACAGAUACAAUGAAAAAUAUAGGCUCUGUACAAUUUGAACUUUUAAAAGAU